AUGAUGGGGAGUCGAGCAAGCGCUGAGAGAGCACACACUACAGUCCCUGAACACAGUGACAAGAUGAGUCUUCCCCUCUCACGCUCUGAAGUGUUUGGGCAGCUGAGGAAAGAGCUACACGAUGAUGUGGAGUUUCACCAGUCUGACGUUCAUAUCUUCAUCAUCAUGGGGGCUUCGGGAGAUCUGGCGAAAAAGAAAAUCUACCCAACUUUGUGGUGGUUAUUCAGAGACGGUCUUCUCCCUGAAGAGACAUAUUUUGUGGGUUUUGCACGUUCUGAUCUGACAGUGGAUGCUAUACGCACAGCCUGCAUGCCCUACAUGAAGGUGGCAGAUUCUGAGGCAGAUCGCCUUGCUGCGUUCUUCAGCAGAAACUCUUACAUCAGCGGGAAGUAUGUGGAUGAAUCCUCUUUCGCUAACCUGAACACUCACCUGCUGUCCCUGCAUGGAGGAGCUGGGGCCAACCGCCUCUUCUACCUGGCCCUGCCGCCCAGCGUCUACCACGACGUCACCAGGAACAUCAAACAUCAGUGCAUGAGCACCAAAGGCUGGAACAGGAUAAUCGUGGAGAAGCCUUUCGGACGUGACCUGCAGAGCUCAGAGGACUUAACCACUCAUCUCUUUACUCUCUUCACUGAGGACCAGAUUUACCGUAUAGACCAUUACCUAGGCAAAGAGAUGGUCCAGAACCUCAUGGUUCUCAGGUUUGGAAAUCGUAUAUUUGGCCCCAUAUGGAACCGGGACAGUGUGGCGUGUGUGGUUCUGACCUUCAAAGAGCCGUUUGGUACCCAGGGCCGAGGGGGAUAUUUUGACGAUUUUGGUAUCAUUCGUGAUGUGAUGCAGAACCACCUGCUGCAGAUGCUCAGUCUGGUUGCCAUGGAGAAGCCUGCAUCCACCAGCUCUGAUGAUGUUAGAGAUGAGAAGGUGAAGGUGCUGAAGUGCAUUGAGCCGGUCUCUCUCUCAGAUGUGGUCUUGGGUCAGUAUGUGGGAGAUCCUGAUGGAGAAGGAGAGGCUAAACUGGGUUAUCUAGAUGACAAAACGGUCCCUGAAGGCUCCACUCAGGCUACAUUUGCCACAGCAGUGCUUUAUGUAAAGAACGAACGAUGGGAUGGAGUUCCCUUCAUCCUCAGGUGUGGAAAGGCUCUGAAUGAGAGGAAGGCAGAGGUGAGGCUGCAGUUCACAGACGUCCCUGGAGACAUCUUUAGCUCUCACUGCAGGAGGAAUGAGUUAGUGGUGCGUGUGCAGCCCAACGAGGCCAUCUACGCCAAGAUGAUGAGCAAGAAACCCGGAGUCUACUUCAGCCCUGAGGAGACCGAGCUGGACCUGACCUACCACAGCAGAUACAAGGACGUUAAGCUGCCCGAUGCCUACGAACGUCUGAUUCUGGACGUUUUUUGUGGCAGCCAAAUGCAUUUUGUACGAAGUGAUGAGUUGAGGGAAGCCUGGAGAAUCUUCACUCCUCUUCUUCAUCAGAUAGAGCAGGAGAAGACGCCACCUGUCAAAUACAAAUACGGAAGCCGUGGUCCCGCAGAGGCUGAUGAGCUGGUACAGAGGGUGGGCUUCCGCUAUGAGGGUACAUACAAAUGGGUGAACCCACACAAACUGUGAAAGAGGACGACGGAAAUUAGGAGCUGAAGCCUUCUUCAAAAACCAGCCAAAGAUGAGUGCCUGCAAUAAGAGCGAAAAGGGCACUUUAGUAUUUGGAGAUGCACUCUGCAUUUAAAGAAGGACCAACAAGAUUUGCAAAAACUUUCUUUUUUGGAUGUUAUUAAAUAUAACCAGCUCAAUAUUAUAUUUAAUGCUUUAUAGGAAAUUUCUGAUUAUUUUGUUCAAUAUUUCAUUGGUUAUGCACUUGAGCAUCAUUGAUAUUCAUACAAAUUUUAUACCUUCGUUCUUUAUUCUUAAUGAAAAGCAAUGCUUCUGUUAUGCAUUUGUUUUUCCACAAGAAAAUGUCUUAACAUUAAAUGCUGCUCACAUUUCAGAAGUGGUAUAAAAGUACAAUCUGCUCUUGCAGUGAUUUGUUGUGUUCAUGUAUUUUGUUGAGG